CAAAAUCGAAAUAGCUUAUUGUCGUCAUUACGUAUGCCAAUGCUUUUGAAACGUUUUUUUUUCUUUUUUUCUUUUGGUUGGGUUUGGUUUUGUUCUCAUCGCACUCAACCUUUCUAAUCAAUUAAAUGAGAAAAAAAUACUCAAGGGAGAGGGACGCCAUUCAUUUACACAAAGAUGGGGUUUUGAGUUCAACAUAAGCUCAAACACGUGUUGUUCGUUUUUCAAUCCUCAGUCUCAGGUUGACCUUUAAAAGAGUCUGGAAAUGGAGUUCAAAGAAGGGAGUUCAGUGGAGGUGGUGAGAGAACAGAUGGGUCCGUAUGGUCCAUGGUAUCCUGGCUGUGUAAUUGGUCUAGAUGGAAAUGAUUACAUGAUUAGGUACAAGUUUCUUAUGGACAACCGAGGAAAAUUGGCUGUGGAGAGGGUGCAGGAGAAGAACAUGAGGCCUCAACCUCCACAUCAUGAUCAGGAGAAGAAAAGAUGGGUUGCUGGUGAUAUAGCUGAGGUGUUUGAUACACAGUGUUGGAGGGUUGGGAAGGUGGCCAAAGUAUUGAGAAAAGGUCGUUUGGUUGUUAAGUUCUAUGGUUUCAUUCAACUUAAGGAGUUCAAUGUGUCUUGUUUAAGAACUCAUAAACUUUGGCAUGAGAAGAAGUGGUCAGUGCUUGUCAAAGUUCAAAACAAUGGAAAGGAAGCUAGCCAUUCUCCACAAACUACUUCAAACCAGUGUUGGAGCUUGGUUUGCAGUGAUCCAUUUCAGGCAGUUUGUGAAUCAGAAAUUUGCUCAAAAAACGGACAUGUACCAAGAAGCCUUAAGAAGAGAACUCAUGACUUUGAUCCUCUUCAUGAACCAGUCUCCAAGAACCAAAUUUUGGGAAAAAACUUUAGGAAAAGAACAUUAAAACCGGUUGCAGGAGUAUGCAGUAGGCCUUUGGUAAAAAACAAUUCUUUUCGUACUUUUCACCAAAUAGGAUUAGCCAACAUCACCAAACCGGAACAAGAAACAAACAACUGGUUACAUUGUUCUGCUCAGCCUACUAAAGAUAGUAAUGAGUGCUCGGUUGCUAGUUGUAGUUUGAACGAGUCUGCUAACUCCACAAGAGGAAGCUCGCUUAAGCUUAAUGAAAAGAAUUUUCCUGAUUCGGACGCUGAGUCAUCUUCACUGCCAUCUUUUUCCAGUAAAAGGAACACAGUUCUUCCAUGUUUUGGAAGCAAACUAGGAGUUGACAUCCAUAAUUUGGAGCUUCAAGCCUACAAGUCAACAGUGCUGGCACUUUAUGCCUCAGGCCCCUUAAGUUGGGAACAAGAGUCUAUGCUAACUAAUCUGCGCCUCUCUCUACAUAUUUCAAAUGAUGAACAUUUGCUUCAGCUGAGACACCUUUUGGCUGCUCAAGUUCUUUGAUCAUCAUCUUCAUCUCGGUCAACACCGACAUGUUUGGUAUCUGCUGAAAGAUUCAGGUGAUUCUCCACUAAUCUCUUGAAUGUUUUAGAUGCUGUACUUGUAGCUCUUUAAGUGUAGAUACAUGUGUAAGUAAAUUGGUCCAGAACGAAGGACUUCAUUUUUUUGUUUUUGUUUUUGUUUUCAUUUGUAGUUAUAAUAAGUGACUGUGUCUAUCAAAAAAUAUGCACAUGUGUAAAGUUAAUAAUAAGUCAUCUAAAUAGUUUUUGGAUGCCAACUUGUUUGUUGAAGAUGGAAUGAGAUCUUUUAGUUUUUGACUGUGUU